AUAAAUUUUAACAGGAAGCUGUCACCAAAGCUAGGUUGAUGUAUUUUUUGCUGUAUUCUUUCUUCUUCUUCUUCUUCACUCCAGAAAUUUUUUUCUUUUUGUUUUUUUUUUUUGCAGUUUUAUUUUCCUUCUUGCCAUCUACUUUUAUAUUACAUGGGAAUAAGUGAAGACAUGAUAUCUCCAAAAUCUGAAAAACCAUGUCCAAAAUCAGAAAAAGCAUCUCCACCUAAACAGGACCAGACAAACAUUCAUCUCUAUCCCGACUGGGCAACUAUUCAAGCAUAUUAUGGGCCUGGAGUACCCAUACCACCAUCAUAUUUGAACUCUGCAACCAUGGCUUGUCAUGUUCCUCAUCCUCAUGUGUGGGCACCACCACAGCAUGUGAUGCCACCAUAUGGGGUGCCUUACUCUGCCAUCUAUUCUCCUGGAGUUGUUUGUACUCAUCCUACAGUUCCUAUUAUUGCAACUCCUGUGAGUGCACAAAUGCUUUCUACUUCGUCAUACAACAUGGAUCAAGGCUCAAUAAAGAAGCUGAAAAGAUUGGACGGAGUUACUAAGCAAGUAGUCAAUGACAAUGCUGAGGUUGAUGGUGAAGGAUCAGCCCAUAGAGCAUCACAGAG